UUCAAGGGCAGACCUUAUUGGAAUAUACAUCCUUAUACGAUGCUGAUAUACCAGAAAUUGAACGAUGGCAGAAGAGAAGCAAAGAUUUUAUUAAAACUGACAGAUUAACAGAUAUAUUAGAAAUCUUAGAAGAUAAGCAUUGUGUACUGUUGUCUGGAGUAUCCGGAACGGGAAAGACAAUGACUGCACAGAAUAUAGCAUUGCAUUUAUUUCAUGAAAAUGGGUAUAGAAUAGUACCGUGCAAUAAUGUAAAAGAUAUCAAAAAGCGAUUUAAAUAUAAUGUUCGUCAGGUUUUUUUCGUAGAUGAUAUAUGUGGAAAAUACACAGCAAAUAUCAAUUAUAUUGAGAAUUGGAUGAAAAUUGAAGAAUUUGUCACCUACAUUUUAGAUAAGGGCAAUACAAAAGUAUUAGCCACUUGUCGUACUGAAAUCUUCAAAGAAGAAAACGUAAAACAAGCAAUUAAAUCAUUCCAGAAACCAUAUGAUUUAACAACAAAUUAUUCAACUGCAGAUAAAUUAAAAAUAGCACGAAAAUAUGUAAAAGAGGAUGACAAAAUAUUGACAGAUAUUGUGAUGAAAUAUGAAUUUUCGCCAUUAAUGUGUUGUUUGUACUCUCAGCAUGACCACUUUGAUGUCAGUGAGUUUCUAAAUAGUCCAUACAAAACGUUUUCUGAUGAAUGGGAUACACUGAAAACUUUUGACAAAGAGAAGUUCUGUGUUUUAUUACUAUGUGUUAUAUACUACGGCACAAUUAAUGAAGCUGUAUUUGAUGUAACAAACGAGUUUGACAAAGAAGAAAAAAGAAAGUUAAAAGUCAUUUUUGAAUGUUGCAAAUUAGGCCGUGACACUUCUCGGUCUGCAAUUAAAGACAAACUGAAUGCAUGUGUUGAUACUUACUUUAUAAAAGUAGACAAAGAGUACAAAGUUAUACACGAUAAAAUGUUAGACUUUCUGUGUUUCUACUUUGGCAACACGUUAUUGACACCGAUUCUCAAACUUGCAAAUGUUAAACUAAUAUGUGAGCGUGUACAACUAGAGUCAAUACAAAAGGCACAUGGUGGUUUUACAAUACUUAUUUCGGUAAAGGACGAACAAAAGUACAUUGAUAGGCUUAUAGCGGACCUUAAAAAAGGAAACAUACACAGUUGCUUAAACAAUACUCAAAUGAAAUACAAAGAAUACAGGACCAAGUUUAUCGAUGUAGUUAACAAUUUGAAUACGGAACUGAAAAAUGACUUGGUCAACACAAAAGACGACAAUGGAAUUAACGCUUUCAUUAUAUCAUGUUUGCGGGGAUAUGAGGACAUUGUGGAGUGGUUCAUAUCUGUUGGAGCUGAUCCUGAUAUGCAGAUUGGAUUUUUCACACCCAUAACAGCUGCUUGUCGAGAUGGGCACCUAAUGACAGUUGACGUUCUUCUUAAGAACGGAGCUUCCAUAAAUGAAACAAAUUCAUACGGUGAAACAGGCCUCUUUUGUGCUUGUUGUUGUGGUCACUAUAGUUUAGUGAAAUAUAUGUUAGGAAAAGAUGUUGAUAUUAACAUACGAAAUAAAUAUAAUUGGACACCCUUGUACGUUUCAUGUUUGGCCGGUUAUGAAAGCAUAGUAAAUAUUUUGAUUGCUGAAAGAGCAAAUGAUAUGGACUUUAGCAAUUCCCUUAAAGGGGCAAUCCUUGGUGGCCAUGACAAAAUAAUUGAAACACUUGUUGCAAACGACUGCGAUGUUAAUAGUGUCGACUUGCAAGGGAGAACAUCUUUAUCCAUUGCUAGCGAAGAAGGCAAAACAAAGAUAGUAAAGUUGCUUAUUGAAAACAAUGCUGAUAUCUUCAAGGUUGAUAAUGAUGAUAAGACACCACUACAUGCUGCCUGCUGUUCAGGGAACAAUGAUAUAGUAAAGAUGUUGAUCAACCGGUAUUCAGAUGUAAACAUGCAUGAUGUAAAAAUAGAAACACCUUUACACAAAGCGUGUAAAAAGGGAUAUGUGAACAUCAUACAAACACUUUUGGAUAAUGGAGCAGAUAUUAACAAAGUAAAUAGAUGUGGACACACUCCUGCAGAUUUGGCAAAACAAGAAGAAAAAGUUGGGGAUGAAGGCAAAUUGAAUACUUUGGAGGACAAAGAAUUAGGCUCAACUAAUGGGCUAAAUAUUAUUAUAGACCAAACAAAGAAAUAUCAGAAACAAAUAAUUGACAUUACCAACAAUUUGUUACAGUUUGGAUCGACACCAUUAUAUGAAGCAUGUGAACGGGGAGACAUUGGAACUGUCAAAGAGCUCCUCAGAAACAGAGCAAUCGUUAACAUGAAAACUGACAGUGGUAAACUGCCGUUAGUUGCUGCUUGUCAACAAGGCUAUAGUAGUUUGAUACAAAUGCUACUAGACAACGGAGCAGAUAUACACCAAGCAUUAUUAAGCGCCAUUCAGCUAGACUCUGGUAGAGCAGUUACAAUUCUUUUAGACAGCAGUGCAGAUAUACACUUAAAAGGACAUAAGGGCAAAUCGCUCAUCGCAAUUGCCUGUGCACAUUGUUCAAUUGAGACAAUACGAAUUCUUUUAGAAAAAGGUGUGGAUGUUGCAGAAAUUAAUGAAAAGGGAAACACAUUGGUACACGCUGCAUGCAAUGACAAUAGCUUUGAUUUAUCCAUACUUGUAAUAGACAAAGGUUUAGAUUUUAACAUACCAGACAAAGAUGGAAAAUAUCCUCUGUUUCAUUCUUUAAUGAAAGGAUUAGAUGAUUUAUCAGUCUGCCUAAUACACAAGUGUUGUUCUAUAGCAACAUCAAAUGAAGAUAGAAAGACAGCUGUGAUUUCUGCACUAGAGAGCGGAUAUAUGAAAUUAUCAAGACUGUUGGUAUUAAAAGGCUAUACAGAUAAUCUCACAAACAUUGAAGAACUUAUGUUAUACCAUUCAUGUAGGCUAGGUCUGUGGGAAAAGGUUAAAAGUCUCCUGAAAAAUGGAGUUGGUAUUUCAAAAAAAAUCAAAUAUGUAUACACACCUUUGAUAUUAGCAGACAUUGGCGGAAAUGAUGCUUUAUCGGAGUAUCUAGAAAUUCAGGAAUGCACACAAAAUCGUACAAGUUAUACCAUUAUUCCGUACAAUGAUAAUGCAAAAAGAUAUAUAACGGACACGCAGUUUGAUAAAAGCUUUUACAGGAAACAGAAUGAGUAUAAAUAUCUGUUUAAUACAUGUAUGAAUGGAGAUACAAAAUUAGUAAUUAAUAAAGAAAUGCUUGUAAGGAUGAACUUAAAUGUUUUCUUCAUACCGACGGAAACCACUGGCACCUUUUGGUUUGCACAAACCCCUUUAUGUUUAGCUAUUAGGAGAGGACAAAAUGAAGUUGUUGCACUGUUGUUAAAAUAUGGCGCAAUGGUCGACUUGACUUACGAAAACAUUUCAACUGAUAUUUCUUCGACAACCAUUUCAUAUGGCUAUACUCCAUUGUUUGCAGCAUGUCAGCGAAAAAAUUAUGAAAUCGUUGAUAUGCUUUUAAAAAGACGAGCAGAUUUAAACAAAGCAUUAUAUGACGCAUGCCGAGAAGGUUACUUAGACCCUGUUCAAUUUCUUGUAAAAAAGGGAGCAAAUGUAAACGCAUAUGCUCGGUAUGGUCAAACAGUUGUGUAUGCAGCUUGUAUUGGAGGAAACUAUUCUAUAGUAAAAUUCCUAAUAGAAGAAGGAGCAAUUGUUAGUAAGGGUGUAAGGCAAAUCGAUCAAAUCGAGCACCUAUCGUGUUUACAUGUUGCAUGCAUUGGCGGUAAUCACCAUAUAGUCCGACUUUUAAUAGACAGAGGACUUUCCGUUCAUUCAAUUAGUAACUUCAAGAGACCUUUAUUGCAUACAGCGUGUAUAGAAGGAAACUAUGAAAUUGUCAAAAUGCUUAUUGAUAAAGGUGUUGAUAUUAAUGUCUCUAACGCGAAUGGCUGUACAGCUCUAAUGACAUGUGUAAUCAAACAAGAAUAUCAUUGCUGCGAUAAUUUUAACUAUUUUACAAUUACAGAUAAACCUAAUGAUAAUCCGUAUCCAUUCGAAAAAAAGUCUUUACAUCACCCAGAACACAAACUUCUUACCGAUAAACACUAUAAAGUGAUUCAACAACUAAUAGAAAAGGGGGCAAAUAUCGAUCAGAAUGAUUUAAAAGGCAGAUCAGUAUUGUUUUAUGCUAGUGAAAUUGGAGAAAUCAAAUUAGUAAAAAUGUUGCUUAGCAAAGGAGCUGAUAUGAAGUUGAGAACAAAUAAUGGAAACACGCCUAUUUCAAUAGCACGGACGAAUAGACAUAUGUCAGUUGUGAAUGUUUUAAAAGAAAGCAAACAAGAAGAAUUGCCUUCUAGACGCUGCACAUUUCUUUGACAUUAUAGUGAAUGUUAAACGUAUCGUAUUAUUGAAUUGUGAUCUAUAACAAAAUUCACUUUAAAUGGACAUCUAUGAGAAAACCAUGCAGAUGGCGCUCCAUGCAAGGUUGUUUGAUUUUGAUGAAACUUUGCUUAAAUGAUCAGGUUGACUUCAUAUGAAAGUCCUGCAAGUUUGAUGCCAUUACAUCAAUGGUAUCCAUGAUAACGUUAGGAAUUUGUGAUUUUCUCUUGUUCAUAUGUAGAUGAUCCUACUGAAAUGCAGAGACUUCAUAGAUUUCUCAAAUAGUAAUAAAGACUAUAAGGCUGUUGUCUGCUCUAUGGUCGGGUUGUUGUCUCUUUGACACAUUCCCCAUUUUCAUUCUCAAUUUUAUAAUACUUCUGAGUGUUUAAAUACUUUUAUAGCACAGAUAGCAUGUGUAUGAAGUAUAAAUCACAUAUUUUCAAUACACAUAAUGAUAUAUGUAGAAAAUAGGGGGUGGCCAAACACAUUAAAUGAUUGAAAAUACGACCUUUUCAUCCAGUCGCACUAAAACAGACACUACAGCCCAAAAGACGCUUUAAUUAAUCCUAAUUUUUUUAAGUGCAUUACAUUCCCUUUGGUUCAAAAUAUUUUAAAGGGAAUUCGGUUUCAAAUUAAUUUUAUAGAAUAAAUUGGUCAUUUAGACAGCCCCCCUCCCCCUUUUUUGUUGUAUUUACGCACUAAGAUUAAGGAAAACCUCAUAUUUCCAUGAAAUAAAGCAUUAUAAAAUAAGGAGUUGAAUUUUACAGAUUAUUACUUCAAAGUAGGUAACUUAAGUUGAAAAUUUUGAUUUUUAGGUCACAAAUAAAUGAUCAUUAGGCUAAAAAAAAGGGGGAGCUGCACAAAGACCAUUUUUUGGGUCAAUUUUUUUAUUCAAAAUUCCUAUAGUAAACUUAUCUCUUUAACUGUUUAGAGUAAAAUCAAUUAAUUUCUAACUAGAGAUCUUUGCAACUUGCAGAAAAACUCAAGUUUAAGUCUGGUUUUUCAAAAAUCUUUAGAAAUUCAAUUUCAAGUUUAACAUAUUGAAAAAUCCAAAGUAUCGGACUACAGAAGUUAAGUGUCUGAAAGGUAAAAAAAUUUUAACACAUGUUGCAACUUUAUUCUUGCUUACUGGUUACCAUAGUAGUCAAUUUGUUCAUUAUUACCUGAGAGAGUGUUGAAAAAUAUUAAUUGUCUAUGGUACAAAGGGAGAUAAUCCAGUAAGAUGCAUUUUUAAAAUCUUUAAAAUCUUAAAAUUACAUAUUUUUUAAACUUACAAACUCUCAGUCCAUUUAAAAUAUAAACAUAUCUCUACUUGGUUUGAAUCAGUGACAGAGCUUAUAAUGCAUUUUACAAUAUAUGAUUAGUUUGCUCUUGUUUUAGUUAUAUAAUUCUUCUCGCAAAAUGUCUCAAUUUACAAUUUCUUAAUUCUUUAGAGAAUUAAUGAAUUUUUAAAUAUCAAUCUGUACAAAUGUAAAUUUUACUUCUGUUAAAGCAUUUUUAUAUAAAACAACGUAUGUUAAACUAACUAUCACAAUAGAGGCCAUAAAUGAUAAUUUUCAUGGUACAAAGGGAGAUAAUCCAAUAAAAAAUGCAUUUUCAAAAAUCUUCAAAAAAAUUAAAAAAAAUUCUUCAAUUAAGUGUUCUGCUCUGGGCACAUCAAAAAGACUGCAAGAUGGUAAGUUCUGAAACAAUACAAGAGACCACCAAUGUAAGCUGCUGAAUAAAAUUGUAAUCAAAAUUAAAACUGCAUCAACUAAAAAUUAGAAUGAUGAUUGUAAACGAGACAACUUUACAACAGAGUCAAAAUAACAUGGAUUGAAGCAAUUAAUUUGAAUUAAAGGUCAUCGUACGACCUUCAACAGUGUACAAAACCCAUACCACAUAGUAAGUGUGAAUGCAUAACAAUGACAAAAUAUGGUCUAACAAUUCAGACCAAAAAUUAGACAUAAGAAACAUCAUCAUAUAACAAUUUCUACAUAACUAGCUCCUGACUAGAUUUUAACUAUUGACAUUAAUCUUAAUAAAUGUAAGCAUUUAAAAUAUAGGUUACAGUGACCAGCUUUUGCCUUGAUGCUGAUAUACAUGUACUUACUGUAUGCAAGAUGCAUGCAUAUACAAUUUUGCAUGCAGUUUUAAAUGAUCUUGAAUGUAUAACUGAAGUCAGUUAAGUGUGAAAUGUAGGUCAAACUUCAUAUUUUAAAGAAUGGACUUUCCCAACAUGUAUGUGUAUUUGGAUGUUCCUGGCCCUUAUGAUUUUUACUUUGAUGUAAGCCUUUAAUAUUAAAUCUUUGUUAAACAACCUGAUUACAUUGCAAGCAUAAGAUUAAAAUACAUCAAAGUUUAUAUUAAUAUUGAGUUAAUUAAUCAUGACUUAGCAGCUAACAAGACACCAAUUGUUGCAUUAGUUUUAAAAGGAAUUUAUAGUAGUAAUAAAUUGUUUCUUUACUGUCUGAUAAAUAUUUACAUAACUAUGAAUUAGAUCAAUAAAACUAAUCGGUCAAUCCAGUAACAAUUUCUGAUAAAACAUUAUUGUGUUCA